AUUUAUUCCUGUUGUCCUCUCUUACUUCACUUGUUCAGUUUCAGAGCUAUUUUAAGCCAACACUCAAAAACCUUCAUCCCCAAAGCUUAAAACACGCCAAAAACAGAACAGAGAAUUGUUCAUUUUUCUCACUGCAUUUUUACUUUGUAUACUAAAGGGACAAAUGUCAGAUUGCAAAGACCAAGAUCCUCGUAUCCAUGCUAUACAAUCUCGAAUUCGUGUUGUACCUGACUUCCCAAAACCAGGGAUAAUGUUCCAAGACAUAACUACGCUAUUACUGGAUCCAAAAGCAUUCAAAGACAUUAUUGAAUUAUUUGUGGAGCGUUACAAAGAUAAAAACAUCUCAGUUGUUGCUGGAAUAGAGGCUCGAGGAUUUAUAUUUGGUCCACCAAUUGCUUUGGCAAUAGGGGCAAAAUUUGUCCCUUUGAGAAAACCAAAUAAAUUGCCAGGUAAAGUUUUUAAACAAGAGUAUGACUUGGAAUAUGGAAGUGAUUGUCUUGAGAUGCAUAUUGGAGCAGUAGAAGCUGGUGAGCGUGCUUUGGUGGUUGAUGAUCUGAUUGCUACUGGUGGCACUCUUCGUGCAGCUAUGAAUUUACUUGAGCGUGCUGGCGCAGAAGUGGUUGAAUGUGCAUGUGUGAUUGAAAUACCAGAUUUGAAGGGUAAGGAGCAAUUGAAUGGAAAGCCAUUGUAUGUACUGGUGGAGUCUCAGUAGUAUCAGCGGAUGCAUAGUCCGUAUUGGCAUUACAAACUGUACAUUAGAGGGCGCUUUUAUUGGCCUUACUGGUCUGCACAUCUUUUUUUCAUUCAUGAUUUCUGUGACUAGUGGAUUUUGAAAAGGCCUUGUUCAUUUAGACAUGAGCUAAAGUAAAGAAAAAACUAUGCACAAUGAAUUGUUCCUUGGAAAUUUAUCAUCUUAAAGUCAAGCCCUUCCAAUUCUUUGAACUA